AAGUGUGUGUUCCUUUCCCCUGCAGACCCUGACAGCCAGCUGUAUGAUAUGGGAUAUACGCCCGAGGAGGAAGCCCCGGCCUGUCCCGAUGAGUUUGAUGACUUCGUCACGUUUGAGGCAAAUGAGGUGACUGACAGUGCCUACAUGGGCUCGGAGAGCACGUACAGCGAGUGCGAGACCUUCACGGAUGAGGACACCAGCACCCUGGUCCAGCACGAGAUGCACGACGAGGUGGAGACCGACAGUGCCAUCGACUCCACCGUGCACUCGGAAUUCACCGACCCCAUCGAGGAGCCGGAGCAUGGAUCCCAUCCCCACGAGCUGGCCCUGGGCUCCGAGCUCAGCCACUCCAUCGUGACCGUCAUCAGCGGGGAGGAGCACUUCGAGGAUUACGGGGAAGGGAACGAGGCCGAUCUGUUCCCAGACCCUCUGUGUAAUGGGGAAAGCAGCUUUGGCAGCUCCUCCUUCCUCUCACCCAGCACCAAUCCGCUCGCUGCGAAACUGCACAGCAUUCUCGCAGAUGAAGCUUUUGAGUUUUACUGUAGCCAGUGCCACAAACAAAUCAACCGCCUCGAGGAUCUCUCUGCUCGCCUGAAUGAUCUUGAAAUGAAUAGCCCAAAUAAAAGACUCUCCAGCAAGAAGGUGGCAAGGCAGCUGCACCAGACGGGCUCACUGGCUGUGGGGGUGAUGGAGGAAUCCUACCGGGAGAACCUGGAGUGCACGGACGAGGACAUCACUGACAAGGUGGUGUUCCUGGAGAAGCGGGUGACAGAGCUGGAGAAGGACACGGCUGCCAAUGGGGAGCAGCACAGCCGCCUGCGGCAGGAGAACCUGCAGCUGGUGCACAGAGCCAAUGCACUCGAGGAGCAGCUGAAGGAGCAGGAGCUGAGGGCUGACCAGACCCUGCUGGAGGAGAUCAAGAAGCAGAGGGAGCUGCUCAGCAAAAUGGAGAGGGAGAAGAGCAUUGAGAUCGAGAACCUGCAGGCCAGGCUGCAGCAGCUGGAUGAUGAGAACAGUGAGCUGAGAUCCUGUGUCCCCUGUCUGAGAGCCAACAUCGAGAGGCUUGAGGAGGAGAAGCAGAAGCUGCUGGAUGAGAUCGAGGACCUCACUGUGCAGCUCACAGAGGAGCAGGAGAAAAAGAGGAAGAUGGGGGACAAGCUGAGUCAGGAGAGGCACCAGUUCCAGAAGGAGAAGGAGUCAACGCAGGAGCUGAUCGAGGACCUGAGGAAGCAGCUGGAGCACCUGCAGCUCUUCAAGCUGGAGGCGGAGCAGCGGCGGGGCCGGAGCAGCAGCAUGGGGCUGCAGGAGUACAACAGCAGGACACGGGAGACAGAGCUAGAGCAGGAGAUCAAGCAGCUCAAGCAGGACAACAGGAACCUGAAGGAGCAGAACGAUGAGCUGAAUGGGCAGAUCAUCAACCUGAGCAUCCAGGGAGCCAAGAACCUCUUCUCAGCCUCCUUCUCCGAGUCCCUGGCAGCGGAGAUCAGCUCUGUCUCCAGAGACGAGCUCAUGGAAGCGAUCCAGAAGCAAGAGGAGAUCAACUUUCGCCUGCAGGAUUACAUCGACAGGAUCAUCGUGGCCAUCAUGGAGACCAACCCCUCCAUCCUGGAGGUCAAGUAAGGGCAGCCGGGAGCCCUGUCGGGUGCAUUCGGUGCUCUGAGAGGAUGAAGAGGGACUCCAAUCAUCUUUGCUCUUGAUGAAGGCACAGGGAAGCCUCAGGUCGGGGGUGACUGAGCCCYGGAGCAGGGAAGAGGAAGGCCGGCAGCCAGGCUUUGCUGUGUGACUCGGUCACUUUGAGCCCUCCUGGCUGCGGAGGGGUGAAAGGGAACCCGGAGAAGGAGCACAGGACACUGUGGGAAGUGCCCGGGACSCUGGGGACUGUCCCGAGAGGCACCRGGCCCGUCCCUGGGACGCUCCGAACCGCGGGAUAACGGGAUGGAAGAGGCAGCGCUGACUCUGCCCCGCUGCCCUGCCCAGCCCGAGCCUCUGCUGUGCCAAAGUGUCCCUGACACACUCACCGAGGCAGAGCAGGGCAUGAGAGAAGCGCAUCCUGGACUCACACACGCCUGGGGUUUGGUUUGGUUUUGGGAAUUUUGUUUUUGUUUUUUUUUUUAAUUAACUUAAUGCAAAUGUCCUGAUCCAGUUGGCUCAGCCCUUGGUUGCCCCGUGCCGAGCCCUCGGUGGCUGCAGGGGCAGCCCGGGUUCGCUGGGGACAGGGUGUGAGYGCCCUUGCUCACCGGCCUCCUUAUUUAUUUUUGCUGUCCGUGGCUCGGUACUGUCGGCGCGUCUCGGCAUYCCGGCUCCGCUCCCUGCUCCUCCCUCCUCCUCUGGACCCGCCGGGCUCUGCCGGUGGGUGGCUCCGGUGAGAGCUGUCCCUCUGUCCCUCGUCCCCAGCUGGGGACAGACACACGGGCUGUGUCCGGCCGGCCCCGGGGCGAGGCUGCAKCUCCUCACCCCGCCCCGGAGGCUGCUCCUGCCCGCUUCUCCUGGUCCCGGCGUGGGACACGCAGCACUUUGGGAGCUGCAGCGGAGAGGCCCGAGCUCCCCGAAGUCCCUGGCCUGUGCCAGUGGGGCAGUGGCCUGUGCCAUUCCCAGCCGGAGCAGGGCUCUGCCGGUGAUAGCUGCAGUCCUGGAGGGAGAGCCCGCUCCGGCUCCUUUCCCUGCUGCUCCCGGGCUGGGCCGGCGGAGCCGCGCCCGUUCCUCAUGCCUGGCAUCGGCCGGGCUGGACUCUCCGUGCCGAUGGGGACAGGAGCCGGAGAGCAGCUCCCUGGGAAACAAAGCCAUGUUUACAGCGGGCAGCUCGGGGCUCGCUGGCGGCCGUGGCACGGCGUGACCCCCGAGCGGCUCCCGGCAGGACACAGCCAGGGAAUCCCAGCGAUCCGCCUUCCCUUCGGCCAGCCCUUCCUUUUCCUGCUUGUCAGGUUUUAGGAAUGCCAGAGCAGCCUGCAAGCAGAAGCCACCGCGAUCGCGGGGGUUCCUGUUCCUCCCCGAGCCCUUCCAGCUCUCGGGUGACCCUGCCCGGGGGACGUGGCCGCUGUCACCGCCUUAUCCCGGGGGACCCGGCCGAGCCACGGCCGCGCCACCUCCGGGUGCUCAUCCCCAGAGCCCCGCGAGGGGCAGCGGGGUCGGGGCGAGCCCCAAACGCUGGAGCAGCUCCUGCAUCCCUCCCUGCCGGCACCCAUCCUUCCCCACCUCCCUCCCUGCCCGAGCCCGCGGGAAGAAGCCACGUAAUGUACAUUUCCAGAGAAGCUUUGGGUGUAAAUCAGUGUAUACUUGGAGAGGGAAAAUUUUUCUAUCUUGUAGAGUAGGUAUUUUUAUAGGAUGAAGGUUGAUCCAUUUUUUUAAUACUUUAAAAGAAGAGAGAAAUGUAUCUGUGUAUACACAAAAGCAUAUAUAUAUAUAUAUGUAUAAAUAUAUAAAUAUUGGAGAUCUGCCUUUCUCGACUUGGGAUCCCCAGGUCUCAAACAAUCGUUUGUUUUUUCCUGUCGCUCUCACAGAGGUACUGUAACUGUAAAUAAGCACCGGGAAAAAAAAAAGUUUUAAGCAAACAAAAAAAAAAGCACUGACUUGCACAUUCACCAUGCUUUAAAGUCCCUAUGGAGAGAGAAAAACAAAAACAAAACAAAAACUGUACAUCCCGAAAAUGUUCCUCUUUCCYGACCAGUAUGUGAAGGAAGUCCCCCAAAAAAGAGGCAAAAACAGUAUUGUCUUAACUGAUGUAUCAAUUCUUGUCGGAUUAAAAGCUGUUACUAUUCCUGC